AUGACCGCUACGCAAGGUAAACAACAUGGAGUUGACGUGAGGGAUUUGGAGCGCAUUUUGGAGAGGUGUAAACUGGAGCUGACUCCAGUCGACGAGGUCUUGCCAAACUUGUUCAUCGGAAACGUUGCCAUUGCACAGAACAGGACCCAUCUGAAGAAGAUGGGAAUAACGCAUGUAUUGAAUGCCGCACACAAGAAGCAAGGCAGCAUUGGGGACCAAGAAUUCUACGGAGAGGUGUUCCUCUACCACGGCAUCCCCGCCGAAGACUCCUCCAAGUUCGACCUGAGCGUCUACUUCCGUCCCGCAGCAGACUUCAUCCAUACAGCACUGAAGAAGAAAGAUGGUAAGGUGUUUGUGCACUGCAUCAUGGGUAUGAGCCGCUCGGCGACGCUGGUGCUGGCGUACCUCAUGCUGAAGCGCCGGCUGCCGCUGCGCGACGCCGUGCAGACCCUGGUCAAGAGGCGGGCCGUCUUCCCCAACAGGAACUUCCUCAACCAGCUGCUGGAGCUGGAAGAACAGCUACAGAGGAAGCGGCGAUUCUGCCCCCUCCUCUAAAAUCAUGGGACGCUCACACGCUAUCUCCGUCUCAAUUCACCCCACCUCCUCCUACAAACUGAUACAUGAACAUUCACAAACUGAGCCAUACGUGUACACAGUGAUGGGCACCCUGGAUUCAUUAUAGCUACAGUCCAGUGCAACAUAUUCCAUAUACCUGGUUUUACCAGUUCAAUUCAGCCAGUGAUUGCCUGGUUGAAUGAUCACCUGUUUGAAUUGGACAGGUAAAACCUAGCCAGGCCAUGCCUCCUAGUGACCCAACACCUUCAGCGCUGGUACUAGUCAGGUCAACUACGAGCGCUGGAGAAACAGGGAACGCCACCCACUUUGUCAGAACCGAUCAACUUUGAGCAGCUCCAAUGGCCCUUUUUUUAGCUCAACUUUGAGCUCUGGGUAGAGGCGUGUUCAAGGCAGUUACAUGGUUUAAGCUUCGGCACAGCCUUUUCUGGCAUCAACCAGUAGCACACUGAGGGAGGCGGAUCAACCAUGCCAUUGGAGUAACGUUAUGCGCUAUGCACUUGGUCAGACCCAAGUCUCGAAGCGAGAUUUGAAAGUCGAUGAUUAUCAGGCAAGGUAAAGCCAGGUCAUUUGGAAUAUAUGGCGCUGGAUUGAUAGGCCACCUACCCCAUCAGGAACUUACUCGCACAGCUGCUAAAAGCACAGUUAACCAGAAAGCGCGGCUUCUGUCCCAUUCUCUUUAGACACUCAUAGGGACUCAGCAUUUCUCUGAAACGUUUUUGUUCCGACCUCUCAGUGAUCCGACAAUUUCCCUCACAUUGCUUUGGAGGUACCCUAUUUGAUGGCUCAUUGGCAAGUUUAAAUAGUUGAAAGGACGUCGUUUUCAACCUGCCACUCUGCAUCGCUGUUUAUUCUAUAACUGUAUUUUUCUGAAAAACACGGAAACCCUUUUGCUAUCAAUAAUGCAUGCUUUACUUAUUAAUAUUCUCUUCAUAUGUAAUGGCCUGUAUUGAUAUGUAGCAUUUACUCCUGAUUCAGCUUCAGAAUUGGGCCUAGAAUGGGAAAUCGGGUUAUUGAGAGGUUGAAACUGUGGGGCUUCGGAGAAAGGAUAUGCCGCCGACACUUGAAUACACACCAUCCACAUUAUGAAACCCACCUACCUAGACCGUUAUAAUAGGCCUUUUUUCAUGUGCCAUCAAGCAACUUCAAUGCAUUCAAAGCCGGUAUAAGAAGCAUCCAGUGGCACAGAUAUGAUAUAUGCCUAUACUGCACACACUCACUUUGUUUUUUUUUUUCAUUUUGUUGAUUUUGAUUUUGUUGUAAUCUAGGAAGGCGGAGGAUACAAUAGUCUUAAUUUAGGCAUAAAUAUCACGAGAUCAAUAGUUUAAGUUGAGUACUAUAUGUGCUCAGCAGUAUAUACAGAAGGUCAAUAGACAUAGCACACAAUAUAUAUAUAUAUAUAGGCCCUAUAUAUAAUAGGCCCUACAUAUAUUUUGAGGGCACCAAAACAGUGGUCCUACAUUGGUAGAAGGCCAAAAUAAUGAAACAGCCCACAGUUUUGUACUAAAAACAAUGCUUGGGCAGGCACAAAUCAUUUCCAGUAGUUCAUAUAUUUUCUGAUAUAGCCUACUGUAAGCCUAUGCAACUCCUAAUACCUGUACUGUAUUUAUUUGAUGAUGUAGGCCUAUAUUUUUGUCAAUUUGAAGGGUUGUUGAAAAAAUUGUGAAUGAGUAUGAAUGAAAAGGAAUCUCUUUGUGAUCCUUCUCUAUGUUGCAUAAAUAUUAGCUGAUUGAGUUAUCUUUGCUAUAAUUUAUAAUUCAUAAAAAAGAUAAUAAGAUCAUAAAAUCAGUCAUAUGUUGUUUCCCUCCUCACUGUAAAAAGUUUGUAUAUUUUCGUUAUUUCAACAGCUAUGUGCAAUAGACAUCCUUUUGUCAGAGGAUUACUGAAACUCAAGUGAAGAAACAAGCAAUCUUUGAACGGCAUAUCAUAUUUAUCUAUUUUUUAAAUAACAGAGCUUAACUAGAAAUAAUUUCACUGACUUCACAGUAUUCCAUAAUGCUUAUUUCAAAAGAAGAAACAUGAGUAAUCAUAGUUUUGUCAUGUCAUAUUAUGUAACUAACAUAACUGUUUGGGAAAGUUUGGAAAGAUGUUAUUUUAUAA